AUGGGCCCGGGAACCAAAUACAUCACAAUUCUGAGAGACCCUAUAGAGCUAUUCAUCUCCAUGUGGGACUACGUGAAUUUUUCCAAGUCCUACAAAGUCACCUUGGAAGAAUAUGCCCUAAGUAACAAAACCGGUCUUCUCAAAGACCGGAAGAACGUGGCGCAUUUGGGUCAAAAUCAAAUGUUAUUGGAUUCCGGAGUCCCAGGGCGCCUCUUGAACGACCAAAAAACCAUCUUGGACAAGAUCAAUGAACUUGAUCGUACUUUUGAUCUAGUCAUGAUUGCAGAGCACUACAAUGAAUCUGUGAUACUUUUAAAAGACCUCCUGUGUUGGGACUACAAGGAUGUAGCCUCUCUUAAAAUGAACAGCCGAAAGAAAUCUGCCAAGUCCACUCUUUCUGCCAAGGCCCGCGAAGCCUUGAAGGAGUAUCUGGCCGGAGAUUACAUGUUAUACAAUCAUUUCUUGACGAAAUUCAAAUACAGUCGUCGGAAGUUUGGCGAAACCAAAAUGGCCAACAAGUGA